AUGGCCGACGAUAAAGGCAGCAGUAGCAGCAGAAGGCGUGUUGCCGACACCAGCAACAACAACGACCAAUCCACCAAAACCAAUAGAAUUGACGACAACAACAACGAUAAUGACAAUUUACUCGCCUCAUCAGCCAAAGGUGCUGGCUACCUUGUUUUGCUCCAGUUUGCUUCGCGCAUGUUGACUUUUGGUCUACACCAAAUUGUAUUACGGUACACCAGCGCUGAAACGCUUGGCAUUGCGUCUGUCAAGUUGGAAUUACUCUUGUCAACCAUUUUGUUCAUUUCACGCGAAGGUUUUCGAUGUGCUUUGUUGCGUGGCAGCAGCACCAAUGACACGACUGCCAACGAUACCAAUGAACAAAAAGUGACCAACUUGGCCUACAUUCCAACUGCCAUCGGUCUCGUCACGACAUUUCUCGCGUGCAGCUACUACUUGUCAAUUAUCGACGCUGCGGCGGCGGCCAAAUACCCUUACUAUCGCACAUCCGUCGUAUUAUUCGGUACAGCAGCAUUUGCAGAAUUAUUAGUCGAGCCACUGUUUGUCUUGGCCAUGAAUCGGUUGUAUUUCCAACUCCGUGUUUCGGUCGAAGGCGUGGCGGUUCUUUUACGAUGCUUUAUUACGUUUGGAUUGACUUUGGCUGGUGCGUCCGGCGGUGGAUCAUCGUCUUCACAUAAUGCCUAUGGCGUGUUGGCUUUUGCAGUAGCACAAUUGGCGUUUGGAUUGACCAUGGCUCUUGGAUAUAUGGGAUUCUUUUUGAAAAAAGUGCGCGAGAAUGAGAUCGAUCUCGAUACUUUGGUUCCGAAAAAGCUUGUUGGCGAGAGAAAAAGAAAAGCAGUGGUUUUCAUUAUUAAAUAUAAUAGAUCGUACUGGUUCGAUACGCAAAUGCUCAAUUUGGCUACUACAUUGACAAAACAAUCGCUGUUGAAACACGUGCUGACAGAGGGCGACAAGAUGUUAAUUUCGGCAUUAAGCACAGACGAUAAUCAAGGCGUCUAUGCUUUUGUUGUCAACUAUGGAUCUUUGAUCGUGCGGAUACUUUUCCAACCCCUCGAAGAAGCCAGUCGCACGUUUUUUUCCAAGUUAUUAUCAACACCCAACAAAAACAACACCAAAACAGCUACCGACGUGAUUCUUCUGAUGCUUCGAUUCCACGUGAUGCUCGGUCUUUUAUUCAUUUGUUUCGCCACCAACUAUACCGCGACCUUGAUUGACUUGCUGGUGGGCAAAGAAUGGUCGACCGCACGCAACGCACCUGCCGUGUUAUCCAUGUACUGUCUCUAUGUGCCGGUGAUGGGUAUCAAUGGCAUUACAGAAGCAUUUGUCCAAGCCGCCGCAUCCAAGGCCGACUUGACAAAAUUGAGCUACUACAUGAUUCUCUUUUCGGCCUGUUUCAUGGCGUCUGGGUACUUGUUUAUGAGUGUGUUGGAUAUGGGCGCCAUUGGGUUGGUCUUGGCAAACAUGGUGAAUCUGUCGAUCCGAAUCGGAUAUAGCUGGCAUUACAUUACACAGUAUUUUGCGCAACGAGGACACACAAACGAAGAAAAUGGAGUAGGAGUAGUAUUAAAAAUACGACAAUGGUUUCCAAGCACAGUGACGAUUGCCGCAUUCGUUGCAUCGUGGGCGAUCACUCGAUGGAGCGAAGAGAAGGUAGGGUGGGGAACAUUCCAUCAAAAGGUGACGCAUAUCGCUCUUGGCGGUCUGUGUUUCCUGGCAGUCGCUGGUACGACGUAA